AUGUCUGCGACCACAGUCGAUCAGAGACCUAAAGGACAAGGAAGUAAAGUACAAAACGGAUCAAUGCAUCAGAAAGAUGGUGUGAAUGAUGAUGAUUUUGAGCCUUACCUAAGCGGCCAGACAAAUCAGAAUAACAGCUAUCCACCCAUGUCUGAUCCCUACAUGCCCAGCUACUAUGCUCCAUCCAUUGGUUUCCCUUAUUCUCUGGGAGAGGCUGCUUGGUCCACAGCAGGAGACCCACCAAUGCCCUACCUAACGACCUAUGGACAGAUGAGCAAUGGCGAGCCGCACUUUAUCCCAGAUGGUGUUUUCAGCCAGCCAGGUGCCCUGGGAAACACUCCUCCCUUCCUUGGCCAGCAUGGCUUUAACUUCUUCCCCGGUAAUGCAGACUUUUCCACCUGGGGCACCAGUGUUUCUCAGGGUCAGUCGACGCAGAGCUCGGUCUACAGUAACAGCUAUGGCUACGCUCCCAGCUCUCUGGGCCGGGCUAUCGCGGACGGACAGGCAGGCUUUGCAAACGACACCCAGCUCAGUAAGGUCCCGAUGCUGAGUAGCAUUGAGCAGGGUAUGGCGGGGUUAAAGCUGGGUACAGAUAUGGUGGCAGCUGUCACCAAAACCGUGGGUUCACCCUUGGGAGGCACAGCAGGUAUGAGCAGUAUGGCGGCCAAUAACCUUCCUCCAUCUGUCAGCUCCUCUAUACCUAAACCAGCCUCCUGGGCAGCGAUCGCCAAGAAGCCGGCCAAGCCCCAGCCUAAGGUCAAACCCAAAGCCAACAUGGGGAUGGGUGGCGGUGCCACCAUCCCGCCACCACCCAUAAAGCACAAUAUGAACAUUGGUACUUGGGACGAUAAGGGCUCUCUGAACAAGCCCCCAAUAGCUCAGACUAUGAUGCCACCCCAACCUCUGGUGCAGCAGCCUCUUCUCGCUCAGCCCCAGCCCUUACUACAGAACCCUUUACCCCAUCAGCCUCCACACCAGCCCCAUCACCAACCCCAUCACCAACCCCAUCACCAACCCCAUCACCAGCCCCAUCAUCAGCCUCAUCACCAGCCCCAUCACCAGCCCCAUCACCAGCCCCAUCACCAGCCCCAUCAUCAGCCUCAUCAUCAGCCUCAUCAUCAGCCUCAUCAUCAGCCCCAUCAUCAGCCCCAUCACCAGCCCCAUCAUCAGCCCCAUCAUCAGCCCCAUCAUCAGCCUCAUCAUCAACCCCAGCCCUUCCAACUCCAGUCCCCCCAACACCCCCAACCUGUGCCUCCUGGCCCUCCGCACCUACACCUCACCUCUCAACCAGGUCCCCCACAGCCCCUCCACCAUCCACACCCCCAGCAGCCUGGCCCCCCUCCCAGCCGCUGGGUGGCUCCAAGGAACAGAGGGGAUGGCUUUGGUCUGGGAGGUGGUGUUCCACUGAGUGCCUCACAUUGCUCUGGAGAAGUGCAUCCCGUGUUGGAGAAACUCCGCGCUCUCAACAACUACAAUCCCAAAGACUUUGACUGGAACUUGAAAAAUGGACGUGUUUUCAUUAUCAAGAGCUACUCAGAAGAUGACAUCCACCGCUCAAUCAAGUACUCCAUCUGGUGCAGCACAGAACACGGCAACAAGCGCCUGGAUAGCGCUUACUGCUCAAUGGGCAACAAGGGGCCCCUAUACCUCUUGUUCAGCGUAAACGGCAGUGGGCACUUCUGUGGCGUGGCCGAGAUGCGCUCGCCGGUGGACUACAAUGCCUAUGCGGGCGUCUGGUCUCAGGACAAAUGGAAGGGCAAGUUUGAGGUGAAGUGGAUUUUCAUCAAGGAUGUGCCCAACAACCAGCUGCGGCACAUCCGGCUGGAGAACAAUGACAACAAGCCAGUGACCAACUCCAGGGACACUCAGGAAGUGCCUCUGGAGAAGGCCAAGCAAGUGCUUAAAGUUAUUGCCACAUACAAGCAUACCACCUCAAUCUUUGAUGACUUUGCACAUUAUGAGAAUCGUCAGGAAGAGGAGGAGGCUCUGAGGAAGGCUUCUGAAAACAACCUGUCAGUAGGAAGCCAGUUUCAUUCUGUGCCGGGCGUUGCGCUGCGCUGCUUUUGUAGCCCUGACCUCCUACAUGACAGGAUCGGCCUCACCCUCCUUGGCCUGACAAGGUGUACGGCAGCAGCCAUCCUCAGAAGCCUUAGUGUCACCUGUAAGACCUGCAAGGACAGGAGCAUGCAGACAGAGAGGAUUCCAUAUCUGCAGUCAGCAUCCCCUCUAGCUGCAGUGUCCCUCCCCAGACACCCGCCUGACAUGUUUGCACUGAGCGACGAUGGGCACAUGGAGGCCAGCGGCGCGGCCGCAGGGGGCACGUCAGAGUGGCAAGGUCACGUGAAGGACGUUGGCGUGAGCUGCAGGAUGGGAGCGGAGAGCUGGGGCCCGCCUCAGCGAGGAGCGCGCUGCACAGGGACAGCAGAAAAUAGCACGGCUAAGGGAGACAGAGGACGCGGCACAUAA